AUGGCUCUUCAUAAUUUCGUCAAAAGGAAUCGCAUUCUGUCGCAUUUCACCCCCCGUCUAACCGCGGCCGUUGGUCUGAUUGCGCUCUCGAGUCUCAACUAUGGCUUCGACAAUCAGGGGCUUGCGACUAGCCAGGCGAUGACGACCUACAAACAACAAUUCGGAGUCUGGAAUCCCAAGACAAACUCUUAUGCUAUUCCUACUUACUGGACAUCUUUGUUGAAUAGUUUGAAUUUCAUUGGUUUUGCAUUCGGUGCGCACCCAUCCCACCCGUUCGUCGCCAGCGUUUUUCGAGUUACAGUCGUAUUGAUUGUCGCCACAGGAUUAUAUAUAGGCAGUAUCAUCAGCGCGCGGUAUGGCCGUCGUAUGUCCAUGUUUUGCAUGUGCGUAUGGGCUACCAUGUCGGCUACAGUGUUGGUGACGUCCCGCAAGAUCGAGCAAGUUCUGGCAGGUCGCAUACUAAACUACGCUUACAUCGGCAUGGAGCUUUCGACCUGUCCACCGUUCCAGGCCGAGAUCGUUCCUGCGCCAAUUCGAGGAUUCGCCGUGGGAACGUAUCAGACGAGUCUACUUCUCGGGGGUAUCAUUAUCAACAGCGUCUGCCGAGGGACUUCUGAGUUGACUACCAACGCCGCUUGGAGAAUACCGCAAAUUUUGUUCUAUAUCGUCCCUUCUGUCGUUGCGAUUUUCGUCUGGUUCAUCCCAGAGUCCCCGCGAUGGUUGCUUUUGCAAGGUCGCGAGAAGGAUGCGCUCGAAUCGCUACGCCUGCUUCGUACCACUGGAAGUCACGAGUCGGAUUACGAUCCUGGGCAGGAACUUUACUUGUUGAAAAAUUCCCUGUUGGAGGAACAGAAUCAGGGGACAUACAAAGACCUUUUUCGAGGUAGUAACCGGAAGCGAACUUUCAUCGCUAUGGGAAUGAACUUCUUCAUUCAAGCCACGGGCUCGCCGUUCACUGCUGCUUACGGCACGCUGUUUAUUCAGUCGCUCAACUCAUUGAACGCAUUCGACUAUUCGAUUAUGAGUUCCUGCAUCAAUACAUUCUGCUGUCUUGUUUCUAUUACUAUAACUGACAGGGUAGGUCGGCGGCCUAUCCUGCUAAUAGGUUCAGCCCUGCAGGUAGUAUGGCUAUUCUCCAUGGCCGGGAUUGGGCUUUCCCAAGAUCCAACAUCCAGUCAAAAACACGCCGUUAUCGCCUUGACCGCGCUGUCUUCAGCUAGUCUAUGCUUUAGCUGGGAUCCGCUGAAUUAUAUUGUUACGACCGAACUUCCAGCAUCCAGGCUGCGCGACAAGACGCAACGGGUUGCAUCUUUUGUGAAUGUCGCUACCAAUUUCGCAUUCUCUUUCAGCACGCCUUAUCUCCUCGACGAACCAUAUGCAGAUCUCGGAUCGAAAGUAGGAUUUAUAUUUGGUGGUUUGGCCAUUGCGUCGUUUUUCUUUGCAUAUUUUUGUGUCCCAGAGAUGAAGGGACGUACACUCGAAGAGAUCAAUCGGAUGUUUCAGGAGGGGGUCCCGAUUUGGAGAUUUGGGAAUUAUGAGGCUCCGGUUGAGACGGGGAUUGCGUCAGAGAUGGUCGUCGUCGUUGAAGAUGAAGAUAUUAUUCAAAGACACGCUACUUUUCAUGAAAGCACUAUCGUCAAGUGA